UACGACCAUCUCUAAGUCGAUAGGAUAACGUGUGUGUUACAUUUCGUGUGUGUCCAACUAAAAACCAAUUUAAAAGAUGAAAAAAUGGCAAAGAAUAAAUCGACGGUGUAUUUAGGCUAUGAAGAUGAGGAAAUUACGGCCAAGCAGGCUGCAUUCCUCAAUAGCUGUACAAAUAAAAUCGGUGGCACACCAAAUUGGCCGAGACAUGAAGUAACCGUGCCCGUGUGUCCGCUGUGCGGCAUGGCACGUCCUUUGAUCGUCCAAAUGUAUGCGCCCCUGGAUCGCUCGCAGUUUCAUCGCAAUCUGUAUGUAUUUGCCUGUGUAAGCCCGGCCUGCUCGCAGAAUCAGAAAAGCUGGGUGUGCGUGCGUACCCAGCAUCUAGAUAAUCAGUUUGAUAUCAUAACCGAGCAGUCACCCAAGUUGGUUAACAAGCAGAACAAGAAGAAGAACAAGUCAACUGCCUUGCCAAAGGUAAAUUGGUGUAGCGGCGCAGAUGACUGGGGCUGGGGCGAACCGGAAAUCGUGGACGAGGCCAUGGACCAGACGGCCGAUGACGAGCAGAAUGAGCGAAAUGGCAAUGUCAGACCAAAUGGCCUACAAUAUGAGAAGCCCGAUGAAGAAUUCGAGAUCUCAGGUACAGUGGCGCAUGAUGUCGGAACGAAGUUGGGCGAUGAUGACGAUGACGAUGAAAGUACCUCGGUUGAGAACGAUUUGGUCUGUGGCUUUGGUCAAAUCGACAUGAAUUCUCCUGAAAAAGCUGGUGAGGAUCCGAAUGCCAAUUGUGCGGCAGCAGUUCUGCCAACGGCAAGUAACGAUGGAGCUGGGGCAGGCGCAGGCGCUACAGCCAUGAUAUGCGCUGAAAUCGAGGGUCCAGAAACGGAUGUCGUGCUUGUCGAUACACCCAAGAAACCGGAACGGGAUCUAAUUGCACUGCUGAAGCAUACUUCGUUGCCGGCCACGCUGGGGCCGUUGUCCCAGAUCAAGGACCUAACCCUUAAGUCAAUUUAUAUUGCUGUGGAUGUCGAGACAAAUGCAAAGCAAGAUGAGUAUGAUAACUAUGCUGGCUCACUUGCAAUGGAUCACAUACGCGACUUAUAUCAAGAGUACAAGCUGCAGGAUGAGAAUCCUGCGCGUUCGCCAGUCGCCGGCGGUAGCGAGGCAUGCGAUGAGCAGGAGACGUACGAGAAGGCGCUGCCAGCCCAUGGCGAUGUGGUGUUCCACAAUUUUAUCACAACCAUACAAGAAAAUCCAGGCCAGUUGUUGAGAUAUUCUCGUGAUGCCCAUCCACUGCUGGUGGCACCGUUUAACGAGCCGCUGCCAAAGUGUCAAAAUUGCAAGGGCGAAACUAUCUGUGAGGUGCAGCUGUUGCCAACACUGAUCCCAAAGCUGCGAUUCCAACAGAACUCCUGCAAUGCCCCAAUUGAAUAUGGCAAUGUGUUAGUUUUUACUUGCUUGAAGAGCUGCUGGGAUACGCCCGAUCAGAUGCGCUACGAGCACGUUGUGGUUCAGUCCGAAACUUAGAUCAACUC